CUUACUAACAAACUCUCUUUCUUCGCAGAGUUCGGCUACGAGGUGACGUACGGGGGGGGAGGAGGCGUGUACGGAGGCGGGGGCGGCGGGGGGGCUGGGGCGGGGCUAGUCUGGGACGGGGCGGGACCUGGGGGACCUCUCGGGCACCCAUACCCCGCCCACGACGCCGCCUUCGCCGCCGCCGCCGCCGCUGCCGCCCUGCCGCUGCACGACCUCUGGCAGACCAACCCCUUCAGAGGCCAGUGCGUUAUGGGCCACAGGUACGGCGGCGGCGGUGUCGGCGGAGGAGGUAAGAAGGUCCGCCGCCGGGUCCCGUCCAUCGCCCAGCGCCGCGCGGCCAACGUGAGAGAGCGGCGGCGUAUGUUCAAUCUAAACGAGGCCUUUGACAAGCUACGGCGGAAGGUGCCAACGUUCGCCUACGAGAAGCGGCUGUCGCGCAUCGAGACCCUCCGCCUGGCCAUCACCUACAUCUCCUUCAUGACGGAGCUCCUCGCCUCAGAGCACGAGGCCGCCGCUGUAGCCGCCGCCGCUGCCGCCGCCGCCUCCUCCGCGCCCGGGGCAGGGGGCAGGGGCGGUCUGGGCAGGGGGGCCGCCGCUGCCAACGUCGCCCCCCCCGCCGUGCCCGCCCCGCCCAGACAGCUUGAGUGGGACCCAGAAAUGUCACUUGGGAAGCGACCCGCUGCGCAGUUCGGCACUCAAUUGCCCGCUAGUUAAUUGUUUAGUCUAUUGUAUUAUCUUGUAUUUGUUGUUGUUGUCGAGGAGUGAUUUUUUUCUUUGGCUUAUAGUGCCGGUAGGCUUUCUUAGCGGGCCAAGUGGUGGUCAGCCCGAGCUUGCAAUGGCGCAGGCAAGUGUUUAUAGUGGCGCCAUCUUGGUUGGCUCAUGCUGCCUCCCGGAGCUCAUCAUUGAUCCACUUUAGAGUUAAUCUAGAGUCCGGGUUGAUAAGUGGUCUUCAGUAUAGCAUGUGAGUAGUCUUCGGGCCCGGUAACACUGACUUUACGACUUAAUAAAGACCUCCCGCGACCUGUAGGUCACGGGAGGUCGUACAUGGUCGUGCGUGAGAUCGCAUGUGUCUCCGUCCCCCGUGCGACCUAAAAGAUCGGCUGGAGGUUUUUGGUGCUGCACCAAAAACCUCCAGCAGACCUCUCAGGUCACUGCCGGUCGUAAAAAGGUUGCCGUCCGGUGGCCGAACGGACUGCGUCUGGACGGCAAGCGGACUGCCACCGGUGACCGACAUAUGACCGUCAACUGGUGAACGGCGACCGGAUGGCGAGCGGACGCCGUCCGGUUGCCGAUAGGUGGUGGUGGAUGGUGAUGUUCGCCGUCCAUUCUGGGUCUGUCACUGGCCGUGGUCGGCGUCCGGACACCCUCCACAUGGCGAGUCGUGCAGCGACCGGUGGUGGGCUGGACGGCAAACAGACAUACGACCUUAUAUUAAGACCGGUCAGUACGGGAGAUCACCGUCAUCAUUGCGACAGGACGGGAACCGGUCGCCGAUGGUCGCCGUCCGGCCACCUACUAGACGGGCACUGGACGACCGCCGGUAGCCGCACGGUUGUACGACUGCCCGGCCACCCACGUGGUCGGGAAACGACGGGUGUGAAUCGCAAAAUUUUGGGGUCGCGGGUGGUCGUUAUCAGGUCGUAAAGUCAGUGUGACCGGGGCUUUAGAGCACUCGGCGAUGACUGAGCAGUGUCAGCUUGUAGCGGCGGGCGGGACUCACUGCGCCCCCACAUGACCACUCAGCCGCCACCACAUGUAUCUAAUAUUUGUUGGGUAUUGUCCCCCUUCAAUACGCUUGCUCCGUGUUUGUAUAUUACAUAGAUACAGACCACAUAGUCACCAUUUGUUUUUACAUAUAAAGUUACGCGUUCGUAAUGUACAAUAAGCAAUAUAUUUGUCUUCCAAACUUGAUCCAACACACACACACACACACACACACACACAACGAAGUCUUCCAUACUGUAUUCUCAAUAACAUUAUAACUUUUAAGUCUUUUAUGUAUUAGUAUUAAGCAUAUUAUCAUUUUAUACUAGUAGAAAUAACUAUAACUACUACUACUACUACUACUACUACUACUACUACUACAUCUAUAACAUGUACUUAAUCCUAGGAAUAAUAAUAAGUAAUAGUAAUAAUAAUAAUAAUAAUAAUAAUAAUAAUAAUAAUAAUAAUAAUAAUGAUAAUAAUGUCUUCCAAUUCUUAGGGAAACUUCAACUAAAAAUAAAUAAAAUAAGAGUGAAUGUGUGUGUGUGUGUGUGUGUGUGUGUGUGUGUGUGUGUGUGUGUGUGUGUGUGUGUGUGUGUGUGUUAGACUUAAAA